AUAGCUUGUGAUGGAUGAUAGCUUGUUUGAUUAUAACAAUACGGAAAUUACAAAUUAAAUCACAGCAAUUAAUCUAAUUAAACUGAUCAGUUAAUUCAAUUGGUUGUUGUUAAAGUAUUAAAAAGUUUCGUUUGAUGCGAUUCUGCCUGCUUCAGUGCGAAUAGCGAUAUGCGUUGUUUGUGUUACUUGACAUGUACCUAUGUUUGAGAUUUCCUAAAUAGAGCUUUGAUGUGUUUAAAAAUAACAUAGUUGUGUCGCGACGGAUCGGGCGGCCGCGUCUGAUCUUGUGAAUCGAGCUCUUCACCAUGGUUGCCAAGUCUGCGCUUAAUUUUACUUUGCUUGUACUUGGUAUACAGGGAACAGUGCUAGGAGCACCUCCUAUGGAAGAAAACCUACCACCCAGACCAAAAGGUGGUGGUGUAGAAACUAAGUACUGUGAAUUUUUUAAUGACUCCUCAGUAUGUGAUGAAACAAAAAACCCUAACUGUCCACCUCCUGAAGUGAAAAGGGAUGAAUGUCAAGCUAUAGAAUCAGACAAAAGUAACCACUGCUUUACUCUUUGGCAUUUUAACAAUGAAACCAACAAAGCAACGGUUAAAGUUAAAGGAUGUUUUCUUGAUACGGUAGCUUGUAACGACAGAGCAUCGAGUUGCAGAUUACACAAUGUCAAACUGCCACUAUUACAUUGCUGCUGCGAAGGUGACAUGUGCAAUGAGAAUGCAACAUUCCCUGGGUUAGAGGCAGGUAUGUCAGCACAGACUGAGUUACCACCGGAAAGAGUACCAGCCUCACCAUUACCAACCCCUGAUGAUGAUACGAAAGCUGUCAUUGCAUACACAUUGACUCCUCUAUUUAUACUGUUUGGGGUUUUAGUAGGAUGUUACCUAUUGUAUAGGAAACGCAAAGGUAGCUCUUUUGCUGAAUUGGCAAACGGUGAAGCUUCGCUAUCUAGGCCACCAUCAGCGGGUGCGGGUAUGGAUCAUGAGACUGGUGGAUUGCUAAGUCAAGUUACAUUAUGUGAGGUGCGAGCGCGCGGUCGAUUUGGUGCAGUUUGGAGAGCAAAGUUAGGUCCAAAAGAUGUUGCAGUGAAAGUUUUUCCGUUGCAAGAUAAACAGUCAUGGUUGGCUGAACAGGAGAUAUAUCGUCUUCCGAGAAUGGAUCAUCCUGAUAUUUUACACUAUAUCGGAGUUGACAAAAAAGGCGACAAUCUGCAGGCUGAAUAUUGGCUUAUAAGUGCAUAUCAUGAGAAGGGUUCUCUAUGUGACUACUUGAAAGCACAUACCCUAACCUGGGCUGAAGCUUGGCGUAUAGCAGCCUGCGUCGCUCGAGGCUUAGCACAUCUUCAUGAAGAAGGAGGUGGAAAGCCAGCAGUCGCUCAUCGGGACUUUAAAUCAAAGAAUGUGCUUUUAAAAUCUGAUAUGAGUGCUUGUAUUGCCGACUUUGGUCUUGCAUUGAUAUUUGUCGCUGGUAGAGGCUGUGGUGAUGCCCACGGCCAAGUUGGAACGCGGAGAUAUAUGGCGCCUGAAGUAUUGGACGGAGCAAUAAAUUUCACUAAGGAUGCUUUCCUGAGAAUUGAUAUGUAUGCCUGUGCACUUGUGUUAUGGGAAAUUGCAUCGAGAUGUGAUGAAGGUGGUGUGGAACCAACAGCUCAGUACAGGUUACCCCUUGAAGAGGAAGUUGGGUCCCAUCCGGGUCUGGAGGAGAUGCAGGAGGCUGUUGUACAAAGAAAACUUAGACCACAUAUCCCACCUCGAUGGCGAGAGCAUCCAGGACUAUUUGUGCUUUGUGAUACGAUGGAGGAAUGCUGGGAUCAUGAUGCAGAAGCUCGACUGUCCGCGUCCUGCGUGCUCGAACGAGUGGCAGCUCAGAGACCAGCGUCAGCCACUGCCCCAGCUCUUCCACCUUUCACACACGACACCACUCCACUGCUCAUCCACGAGCUCGCAGAGCAACAAGUCUGCUGACCGGUACAAGAUCUGCCCUUGAUUGAGUUUUAAGGGUCAGUACUUUGAACAUUUUAUUAAUAUUUGUGGUAUUUGUGAACUAUAAUGAACUUUUUAAUGUUCCAUUAUUUGUUUUUAUAGGUUCAAUUAAUGAAAUACGAUUGAUUAACAAAAGUUUUAUUUGAAAAUGUUAAAAAAUGUGCCCAUUUUUGUCAUUUAUGAUCGUAUUUUUAAUGACUGUCAUAUUAUAGGGAUCAUUUUUAAAUUAUCUUUCAGCCAUUCAGUAUUCAAAGUGUAAUAAUUAUAAGGGAACAUGAAAGUUUUGAAUUACUGUAUCAGUUAUUGUGGCUACAAAAACGUAACAAUUUGCUAAACUUUUUAGCAUAGAUAAUGAAAUGUUUUGACAGCUGUCAUUAUGACGUAAAUAGUGAUGAUCAUAUUGUGACGAGACAUCGAUUCAAAAUAUUGUAUCGAUUAUUUAACAUUCUAACGACCCUUUUUUGACUUUUCCAUCAAACAUUAUAUGCCACAUUGUGGUAUCGAGAGAUUAUUGUUUAAAAUAAUUGUUUUUAUUAUUCUAUGGUUCUUGGCUUUGAUUAAAGCACGAUCUUGCCUACUAUAGUAAAGUUUAAGGCCUAUUGCAUUCUUUUCUCUCAAUCUCCUUGAAAUAACUAAAACAGCAAUAUUUUAUUACACGGAUGUAUCGAAAAGGAACCCUCUCGGUAAAAAACGGCCGUACUUUAAAGGCUUUUAAGGGUUUUUGUGUAACCACUGGCUUAUAUUUCGCAGCUAAAAUUAUU